AUGCGCUUCCUUUCAAUUUGUCAUCUCGCUAUGUUUAUUUUAUCAAAGAUUGAAAUCUUUUGUGACACAUUCUCGAACCAAGAAAAAGUAAGUUGCCGAAAAGAUAGAAAAGCGGCCAUCAAAAACACAAAAAAGCCUAGAGAACCGCCCGAUUCUAUCUAUCCUUCACCGACAAAUGAUGUCAUGAAUGGAUUUGAAUCGAAAAGAUAG